GAACGACAAGAUCGCCAACUUCACCUAUGCAUGCAGAACCCGGCAGUGCCCAACCUGGCGGGGGAAGGAAAAGGACAACCGCGAGGAGAUUGUGGCCCAAGUUCGUGAGGAUAUGGACAGCUUAGCCAGUAGGGUCAACACAGUCGAGCUUACGGUCGAAACCCACGUCGGCAACACUACCAAACUUUUGGAAGCCAUGACAGACCGACACUGUGCAAUGGAAGAGAGCGUGCGAAAAGUGGACAAUCGCCAGGGGGAAAUGCUUCAAAGGCUGGAACUCCUCGAAGGCAAAUUUGCGAAGGCGACUUUCUCGCUCUCCAGCACUCGCACCUCAGAGACCGAUGGAGGCAAUCCCCGACCUGCCCUCGUGGUCGGGGGAUGGGAAGCUGACCAACACCAUGAGGACACCCUCAGGCUCGUGAAACAACACCUUGCAGAGCUCAACGUGAACCUUGAUGUUGAGAAGGCAUUCGUGCCCGGCCUCCGCCGGGGAUUUGCCCUGGUCCCUAUCACGAAACUUGAGGGGGAGAGUGACGAAGAACAACGAGCUCGAGUCCAGGAAGUACUUCGAACCGUGAGAGCAGCGAAGAUCGUUACGGGACAGCGGCCAGAAGGGGGGAAUCGCUAUUUCUUCGCAGCACUCAGCCAAAGUCCAGAAAGACGCCGACGAGCGCAAAUGGCCGGCAAAGUCAAACGACUCAUCAUCGAAGAAGGAGGCGACCCCCGGAAGAUCGAAGUCGAGUACGGGACCGCAAACCUGUGGUAUAACACUGUGAAGAUCGCAUCGGGGGUGACCUCGGCACCAGAAGGCGCCACCACCGAGAAAGCAGGAUGGGUCCAUCUCGGCACCUUGGCCCGCCAAGUCGGCAUCUCGGAGGAAACCGCUACCUCCCGCUGGGGGUUGCACGUGCUUAGCUGGAAUGUCGGGGGACUUACCUCUGCGAAAGUACUGGACGUUCUCCUUGCACUCCGGCGACAUCGAAUUCAACCUUUUUCAGGAUCCCUGAUCGUGUUGAUCCAAGAGGUCAUCUGCGAGACGGGGAAACAACAUGCGGCCCUGGAUGACCUGCAGAUGAUCUUCGGCAAACGUUCCGAGGACUGGCGGGGGAACGCCGUUGUGCACACCGCCAACAUGCAGCACACCCGGGGAAAGAUCUUGCAUGGUGCUUUGUCGUGCACGCUUACUUCUUUGGACUUCAGGUUGGGAGCUUUUUCCGUUCAUAUCCCUCACCAUGCCACACUCUCAACUACAGAGCAAAUCCUACAAGAACUGCACAAUCAAACAACAUUCCACGGCAAGGCGAUCAUCGGCAUUGAUGCAAACGAAACUUUUGCCUGUGCAAGCCAGAACAAGCAAAUCAAAGCAGCAACAGCUCGAGGGGAACUCCUUUUGGACUGGCUCGAUGAGGAGUGCUUUUAUCUACCAUCGCAAGAGCUCCACAAAGCAAGCCACUACCCAUACAACACUGAGCUCCUUCCUCGCAGACUCGAUUACAUUUUUGUUAAGAGAUUGCUGUGUGAUUCAGGGGAUGUGCUUGCCCAGCGUGAUGUUGCAACUUCAGACCAUGAGCCUGUAUUUGUCCCUUUGGCACAGAUCCGUCUGGCCGCGAACACGAAGCGCGACCCUGCAACUUGGUCUGCCCGGCAACUGCUUAAAGGGGGACAGGUGGACCGUAUCCUCGACAAGGCAACAGAUGUCGGGGGAGAUCCUGUCACACAAUUGCAGAAAGUUGCAGUUGCCAUCACGAAGCCAGGAAAGAAAAAGGCGCCAUUCACCGAGAGUGCACAAUUGCGAGAAGUUCGGCGACAGGCCCUCGCCAACCCCCCGGGGGACAGGCGACGUGAUCUCUGGAAAUAUGCCAGAAAGCUGCACCUGGCAGAGCACAAAAGAUGGAAAAGACUGGCGAUGCAGAAAGUUGCGGAGCUCGACUGGGGGAUGAAGAAAGCACUUUUGGAACAAUCCCGGGACCACUCGUGGGAGCUUGGACUCACGGAAGAUGAGGCUUGGCGACAAAAACUCCGCGAACACUUCGAAAAGAUCUUCAACAAGCAGGACAGCCAAAUCGUGAAUCGGAGAAUACGAGAAAUCUUCGACCAGCUCACUCUGGCCUGCAAAUUCAAGAAGUGGGAGCCUUUCACCAUCGAAGACCUCCAGGCCAUCAAGGACAAGUGGCGGAACGGAAAGUCGUGCGGGCCGGACAUGGUCUCACACGAAGCACUGAAGGCCAUCCUCCCACACCCCGUUUGGGGGGAACGACUCCUGGCCAUCUUCAAUGAUAUGCUGUACACGGCACGAAUCGUGCCGAGUAUCGAGGCCGGAGUCACUAUUCUGUUGGCAAAGGUUACCCAGCCCUCCAACUGGGGGGAGACUCGCCCAAUAACCUUGAGCUCAGUCAUGCUCAAAACAUUUGGGCAACUACUUCUUCGCAGAGCCGGGGAAUCGAUCCAGGCACCGGCGAGGCUCCAAUGGUGUCGACGAGGCAGGCAAGGAGUCGAACUCAUCAUGAUCUUGAGGAGGCUCGCCCGUGUCGCCAGAGACUGGGGCAUGGAGUUUUAUAUUGCCAAACUGGACAUCCGCAAGGCCUUCGACUCCAUAUACCAGGAAAGCCUUGCCGAGCACGUCGCCUCCGUUGUCGGGGGGAAAGCAGACCUACCAUGGGAAGCCCGAGCGUGGGUGGCGAUGGUGCAUGCCCAGAAAAUCACUGUCGAAGUGGCGGGGGAAUCUAUCCCCCUCCAACAAAGCAAUGGCGUCCGCCAAGGAGCACCCGAAAGCCCCGUGGCCUUCGGGGCAAUAGUGGCGGAGGACUUAGACGCAGCAAUUCGGACCGCCAAACCGGCCAAACCUGCUGGAGACGAAGCUCCUCCCGAAGAUGGGGGAAGCUACAUGGACGACAACUACAUUUGGUCGGUGAACAAGAGGCACUUCCAGCAUAUGCUUAGUGCCCUUCACGAUCGACUUCCACGACGAGGCCUUUUCCUGCAUCCGGAAAAAACGGACAUCAUCAGCACGUCCGAGAAGCCUACCACCUUUAAAGUAGCGGGGGAAAUCGUCGCCACAAAGGGGCCUGAACACGCCUUCUACGUCCUCGGCAGCCCCCUCUCGUUCCAAGGGGGAACUGCGAUGUUGUUGGCGGAAGCACAGACCCGAGCAAGGAAGGCCUUCUGGUCACAUCGAGAAAGUUUUACAUCGGAUGCUACUUUCCGGCAGAAACUGCAGAUCCACGUCGUACUGGUGAGGCAGAGCGCCCUUUGGGCCUGCCAAACGUGGCCUUGCCAUAGCAGUCUGCUGCGCGCGGUGAACGCCAUCCAGCUUUCUCAGGUCAGGACCAUGCUGGGCUUGAGACGCCAGCCCUGUGAAGAGUGGGCAACAUGGAACAAACGCAGCCUCCGACGAAGCCGCCUGGCCCUCUACCAUCACGGGGGAACACGUUGGUCAACCUUUGUCCUAUCGCAAAUCUGGACAGCUGUCGGACAUAUAUGCAGAGGUGACCCAGUAGGGGGGAAAAUAUUCCAAUGGCACAGUCUACAGUGGUGGCAAGAACAGAAGGACAGGGGGAUUGAUGUGCAACACGCACAUCGCUUCAACGCCUACAUGGACAUUGACCGCCAGUUGAGCGAGACCGUCGGAAAAGGUUGGUUUUCGCUCGCACAGGACCGAGAGGCCUGGGCAGCCCAUGAAGCCAUCUUCAUCGCACGAUAUGAUGUUCCUUGGAGCAGUGGGAAGCAGGGGAGCCUUGCAAACCUCGCACCACCCACUCCGGGGGACACAGACCAAACCUUUCUGCGAAGCAUCGCUGACAAGCCAGCGAACAAGAAAGCCCUGCACAAGGGGAAAGCAGCCAAGGAUGGGGACAAGCAACCGGCAGCGGCAGAUCCAGCCGCACAUCUGGCGCGGGACAUGGAGGGCCCAGGUUGGGGGAUCCUCGCUGAACAAGCACGCGCUGCUUCCCAAAACCACAACAUGCCACAACCACGGGGGACAAAGGCGGACACGGCUGCUGAUGCCAAAUUCCAGGAGGCGAUGGACAAGUUCCUAGGGCGAACCCAGGGGAGCGGCGCCACAGUCCCACCCGCCCACCCAGCAUCGGGGGAGCCAAAGCCACAACCACCCAAGCCUUCCACUGCCUCCACGGGGGAACAACCCCCUCCAAGACACCAAUAUACAGAACUCGAGCAAUGGCAGUAUGACAACGCCCCAGCGGGGGACAUCGACAUUGAGCCACCACCCAGCAUCCCUCAUGCACACGGCACCACGGUCAGCUAUACACAGUUGACAAACGGCUGCUGGCAAAUCACAAUCAGUGCCGAACACUACAUUGAGACCCCCCUCACCUCCUCGGCAGGCCUGCCGCCACUCCACAUGGUCCAUGUUGGCCAGACGGGGCCCGUCCUCACCGCACCCCCACUGCCGGUGGGAACAAUCGGGCGAUUAGCCCCCAUGGGGCCACCAGACACAUGGCUACUGAUGAUCACGGCUUUACCCAUGCUCGACGAAUUCUGGCCUGAGAGCAUGUUUGUCGUGGAGGGGGACUCGUUCGUCCUUACCCUCUCGCCCACCGGCUGGCAGAUGCGAGUGGACAAACAGGUGGAAUCCACGGCCCGUGAAUUCCGCAAACGCGAAAAAUCAAAGCCGAACCCAGACGGGGGGACCAUGGUGGCCCACAUGGCCCAGUGCGCCCUCUCUGACUUGCUCGUGGACAGUCAGACCGAAGCAGAGGUCCUAAGACACUUAGACCUCGAACAGGGGGACAUGCCUCCUCCCCAAACAACGGAACCCAAAACCAAAAAAGCACGGGUCGCACCGACCCCCAGCAAAGCAGCAACAGCAAUGAAUCGCAUCAAACAAAAAGCAAUGCAGCGACUGGCCUCCGCCAACACCCACCAGUAUAUCACCUACUACGAUAUCCAGCAUGACAUCGAUGUUGUUCUGGAGUGGCUGAACGGCCAUCUGCAUGCCAUGGCAACCGCAGCCGAUGGCGAACCGCGAAAUUGGCGGACCGAGGGGGAACACAAUGAGUUUCAUGCAAGUUCCCAGAACACCGCGGCCGUGAUGAGACACCUGGGGGGAGCUUUGCAAGGCGUGCAAAUGGACCCCGGCAAUCAGGAGUACUGGUUGCAGCUCACGGACGUCAUGGCGUACCUCCUUGCAGUGGAAAGCGGGGGACAUGUGGCCCACCCCGCGGAUGUGAUUGCAGCAAGCCGUGGCGCGCUGCAUUCAAACCUUGCCAGAGAACGACGCCAACAACGAGCGCGGGGGAUAUGUCGUGAACUUGCAGACCUCCAAAGUCAGUUGAGCGAAUGGCCGGGGGAGGACCUCAACGGGGAGGGGGAGUCCCUGCCGUACCCGGACCUCCUGCUCUCGGAGUACAAGACGGGGGACUACCUCAUCAUGCUGAAGAGGCAGCCACCACUACCACUCACCAGAUCGGGGGAGCUAGCUCAUCGUCGCAAGGAGCACAUGAAUGGUGGCUGCAAGAACGACACCACGGGCUGGGGAAUGCUCCCCAAGGUGCGAGGUCGCCGACGGAAGAUUACGACAGUGACGAAAGCCCAGCAGACCACCGUCGUCGCCGCCUCCAUGGAGCUAUCUAUGGACGUCAUGGACCCGUAUGAGCGCUGA